GGCUGUUAACAGUUUUGCGGGGGGGUUCCCUCUCCCAGAGCUGUUGGCGGUUUCCUAGGAGCCUCUGGGAACUUUCAAUGCCUCCAAGACCCAAAGGACUGGAAGUGUAAUGGUGCAACUCGAGGCACUGGGAUAGGCUUUACCUGAGUUAACCUGGGAGCCAGGGGUCAGUUCAAAUUCUUAUCAACUAAUACCCUGCUCGGACCCUCCCCCGUUCCCAUGGGCUUUGCGUGGGCCCCACAAACCCACAGCUCGGGCUGGGAAAACGGGGUCCCCCAAAUUAGAAGGCCUUACUGUGAAGGAGGCUUACUGCUAGGGCUUGGGGACUCCCCCGGACCGUGCCUACCCCGCUCCCUGACUGGACUGCCAGAACACAGAGCUCCCCUUUCCUGUUCCGCUCCGCUCUGCCCCGCACGCCGGCUGCAGGAACGCGCCUCCGUCGGGCCGCGCCGGUGCACGAGAGCUCGCGCCUCGGCGCGGGAGCGCGCCCCGGGGAGAACCCGAGCAAGAUGGAGGCCGCGCAGAGGCCGCCGCCUGGGCCCGGCAAGCCGCCUCUGGGAGCGCAGAGCCGCGGCGCCUAGGCCGUGCCAGUCCCGGACUCACCGCUCCGGACCGGGCCCAGCUCCCGCCCGGCAGCCCGGCGGUCGGUCCCGGGCCGGCGGCCUCCGCCAGCCGCCGCCGCCGCCGGCCCCGCCCCCGGGCACCAUGCUGCCCUCGCAGGAGGCCUCCAAGCUCUACCACGAGCACUACAUGCGGAACUCGCGGGCCAUCGGCGUGCUAUGGGCCAUCUUCACCAUCUGCUUCGCCAUCAUCAACGUGGUGGUCUUCAUCCAGCCCUACUGGGUGGGCGACAGCGUGAGCACCCCUAAACCUGGCUACUUCGGCCUCUUCCACUACUGUGUGGGCAGCGGGCUGGCGGGCCGAGAGCUCACCUGCCGCGGCUCGUUCACCGACUUCAGCACCAUCCCGUCCGGCGCCUUCAAGGCGGCCGCCUUCUUCGUGCUGCUCUCCAUGGUGCUGAUCCUCGGCUGCAUCACCUGCUUUGCGCUUUUCUUCUUCUGCAACACGGCCACGGUCUACAAGAUCUGCGCCUGGAUGCAGCUCUUGGCAGCUCUGUGCCUCGUGUUGGGCUGCAUGAUCUUCCCCGACGGCUGGGACGCCGAGACGAUCCGAGACAUGUGCGGGGCCAAGACUGGGAAGUACUCCCUGGGGGACUGUUCGGUGCGCUGGGCGUACAUCCUGGCCAUCAUCGGCAUCCUCAACGCCCUCAUCCUCUCCUUCCUUGCCUUCGUGCUGGGGAACCGGCAAACUGACCUGCUGCAGGAGGAGCUCAAGCAGGAGAACAAAGAUUUUGUGGGCUCUACAGUAAGCUCUGUGUUGCGGCCAGGGGGUGAUGUCUCCGGAUGGGGAGUCCUCCCGUGUCCUGUUGCUCACACACAGGGACCCUGAAGGCCGGAAUCACAGCCCAGGAGUUGAUCUGCCC